CCUCCGUACCCUGGAAUAUUGGAACACGAGAACUUCUUAUCGCGACCUCCACGUUGCGUGUCAGUGACGGUAACAAACAACACUGCCGUAGACAGCACUGUUUACACGCCACGGACAGGCGCGAGGCUGGAGGUGGUCCAUGGUGGCAGAUAUAUAAAGCCACUCCGGGAGGCAGGUGUAGGUUUUACAGCAGAUCAGACCAAAGGAUUACUGACUCAACGACUGUAACGUAAAGGGAGGCAACACUGCUACUUAUUAUUAUUAUUAUUAUUAUUAUUAUUAUUAUUAUUAUUAUUACUUUUUUUUUUUUUUUUUUUUACUAAAUACUAUUUGCGUUCAGACAUAAACUGGAUUAAAGACACCUGAGAUUAUUUCUUUAUCAUGGAAUUAUGGAUCCUUUUGCCCAUGUUGUUCAUGCUUUGCUCAGGAAUCUUUCACACAGCUGUACCGGCUUCAGUCAGCACGCGCCACUCCAGACUCAAGCGAUGCUCGUGCGCUACUUUUCUGGAUAAAGAAUGCGUGUAUUUCUGCCACUUGGACAUAAUUUGGGUCAACACGCCUGAACGCACUGUAUCUUAUGGACUUGGCAACGCGCCACGGAGGAAGCGCUCAGCGCAACAAACAUCUCGUGCCGCCGACCUCCUGCGCUGCCAGUGCGCACAGAGCAGCGACGGCACGUGCAUGUCCUUCUGCAACACAAGCAACCCGUCAAGGCGUAAGGCAGCGCGUGACAAGGUUCCUACCGCCGGCGGCUGUGCAGAACAAGAGUGCAGAAAAGACCUGGCAGCCAAGAAGUCUGGGAUUAAAAGGGAUCUUAAAAUAGGUGAACUAUCAUUUGCAAGGGCCACCAGGAUGCUCCAGCUGUUUCUGAAGAAAUGGAGAAUGAGGUUGUCCCACAACACUGAAAAUGCUGCCUCCUAGAGGCUGGCACACGGCACAGGACUGUACAAGCUGCACCAAGACAGGGGCUUUCCAAGCAGAGACACCUUGUCCUGAAGCUGCUAGUGAGCGAGCAUAUGCCACACAUCCUCAGAUGCCAAAUCCUUCACACACAGGUUCUCUUGCAAAUAUGGCUUCUUUGGUAAUAGUGUUUUUACUGCGAGGCUUUCAACUGUGGAUUUUUGUUUGAGGGAAAGAAAACAAGGACCUAUUUGAAAUCAUGAUGUGUACAGUAAACGAAUUGAAGCUUUUUACAAUGGUGCAAAAGUGAAUUAUAUAUAGAGUGCAGUAGUGUGUCGGGUGAUAUAAACAGAAUGUUAAUUAAUGCUAAUUAAAAAAAAAACUGGUAGGACUCUUAUCUUUAGUAUGUUCUGUUCUUUUUUCCAAUCUGUAUACUGAUGUAUCUGUAAGUCUACUGGAUAUUUAUUCAAACAUUUAUGGAAAAUGAAUGCAUUUAAAAUCAAGCCAUAUUGGCCCAACUGAUUGUCAAAUUUCUAUGAAAUGCUAUUAUACUGUAUCCACACUUGUGGUCUGCAUAAUAGGAAAUAAAAAAUUGGUAUUAUUUAAAGUAUAAUAUAUUUAUUUCUUUUGUUAUUUUGGUUCUACAGAAAUUCUGUCUGCAUACAGUAUACAGUUCAGUGCACAAUUCACAUAGAGUGACAUAAAGUGACAAUGUGUUAAGUAGGAUCCAGAGUGGAAAAAGCUAGAGCCCCAAAAUAAAUGCUGGCUGAUUAAACAAAUGAUCUGGUUGGAAGUGAUGGAGAAUGCUUUAACAAACUCUGGGUCUUUAUACAGAGUAAAGUACACCAGGGUGCACAAUGCCCUUCUACCUGCUAAUAAGACAAACAUAAGGCAUUAAA